UGUCUCGAUUCCCGGGGUGCUACGGGAGGGGCUUUAUUCGCAGUGAAGCGCGCGGUGUGAGCGCACGUAUCCCAUAUAAAAUGUCCAUGUAAAUUGUGUGUUGAAAUAACAAAAUAAAACAUGUUGAGGUAUUAUUUGUUGUUGUCGUUAGUGCUCGCUGUUUCGCUGAUGGCCGUGUCGGCUCUGCCCAGUCCAACGGCUGCGGACGACGAUGACGACGAUGAUGACACGACCCAGCAGAGCCGCUCCGAGGUCGAUGAUGAUGGUCGAAUAUACAAGAACCCGAGAAAUUCGCCGUCAGCCCAGUGCCCCAGAGACGAGGAACAAGCCACCCUACUGGGUCAGAAGUGUCUUCGAAAAUGUUCAUCGGACGAAGACUGCAAGAGUAAAAAGAAGAAAUGUCUCUGCGACGGAGCCUGCGGGAUGUCAUGCAUUAAGCCGGAUCGCGAAUGUCCUGAGUUGGAACAGCCUGAAAUAGGAAAGGUUACCUUCACUGGUCGACUGUUUGGAGAUAAGGCCGUGUACUCCUGUCCACACGGGUAUCACGUUGUCGGACUCCAGAGCCGGAGCUGCCAGGCUGACGGAAAGUGGGCUGGACAACCACCAGCCUGCAAAGAAAAUAUCUACUGUCUCCAACCGCCGACGAUAGAACACGCGAGGCACUCGGCCCUACCCGAGCAAGCUACCUUCGAUCUAGACGCGACAGUCCAGUACAACUGUCAUACCGGCUACGUCACCAAUGGCUUCCCACGAGCUAAGUGCUUGGCUAUCGACGGACAGGCUUCUUGGUAUGGGCCGGAUAUCACUUGUGAACCACGGUCUUGUGGAGAACCCGGUGACGUACCCCACGGCUGGGUCACCGCUGACUGUCACACCUUCGGCUGUCGCGCUGUAGUUCAAUGCGGGCAAGGUUUCGAGUUAGUGGGCAAAGCCGAACGCUAUUGCCAAGCCGACGGAGCGUGGGCCCCCAAGGAGCUACCAACUUGCGUUCUGGUCACCCAGGUGCAGUGUCCGACGCCAGAAGCGCCUCGCCACGGCAAGGCGGUGUACACGUCCUUUGCGUACAACUCUGUGGUUUCAUACGAGUGCAAGUAUGGGUACCGGCUCGUUGGGGACGCCACAAGACGCUGCGGGGCUGACAAGAAAUGGUCUGGAACCCAGCCGCUUUGCAAAGAAAUUAACUGCGGCCACCCUGGUCAGCUCUGGAAUGGAUGGCUGGAGAAUAUCUCCUCAGGAACAGGUCUGGGAGCCUCCAUCAUCUUUCGCUGUCAAGACGGGAUGAAGAUGGAAGGGAAUGGGUCUGCAAUAUGUCAGAGCGACGGCACUUGGAGCCAUCCCCUACCUCAAUGUUUGGCGCCGUGCGUCGUUCCACACGUCUCUCAGGGCCGUAUAGUCCUCGUUAAUAACGAGACAACGAACGAUAAUACGACUGAGCAGCCGAACACUCAGAUCGUGGGGAGCUCAUCCAUGGUGCAGCACGGUGAGAUAAUUAUGGUUGAUUGCGAGAAAAACUAUGAGUUCCCUUCGAACAAUGCGGCCGUGACGUGCAACAACGGAACUUGGACGCAGAUACCUAGAUGUCAGCCCGCCAGAUGCAAGAAAAUGCCCAAAUACCCUCGCAACGGUAUGGUGAUAGCUCCUAAAACGGAUCACGGCAUGAAGGCCAGGUUUCGGUGCAAGGACGGCUACGAAAUGAAGGGGAACCCGAUUGUCGUCUGCUCCUUCGGGAACUGGAGCGGAGAAACGCCGAAAUGUGAAGAAGUGUUCUGCCCUUUCCCUGGAUACAUCGAAAACGGGAAGGUUCUGCUGGUGGGGAACAUGGGGCUGUACGAUUAUAGACCUUACGUGAGAAAGGUGGUAAAUAAUAAGCAGAUUAUGUAUGAAUGUGAGAAAGGCUACGUACUGUCAGAAGGCCCGCCCGGCGCUACAUGUGUGGGCGGGCAUUGGAGCCCUAGGGAGCUGCCCAAAUGCACCCUUUACCAACAUCCGCGCAUCCGCUGGAGCCGACGCCGUCGCUCCAUCGUCGAACCAGAGAUACGUCACCGUCGGUCAGCGUACCUCCGCCAGUAUUACGACCGUCUGCAUCGGACGGAGCCAACGCAACAAAAUCUGGACCAACUCUACAACAAAUACAACCACGGCAACCAGAAGCCGACGUUGAGGCACGCGAAUUUCAAGAUCAUGAAGAAAUCCGAUGCUGACUUCGGAGAUCCGAGCAUCGGCGCUGGAAUUGACGAGGAAAACUUCCCGACCGCAGUCUACACUGUAUACAAUGUACACGGAGAGCCAAUUGGUCACAGGCUGUACGCCUACCAGCCUGUCUAUGAGCCUGAAGAUGGAGACGUCCUUGAACACAACGACGUAGUCGAAUACCAGGAUAGCGAUGAGGACGAUGAACUGUCUCACGCGACAAUAGUUAGGGGAGGCAUGUUUCCUGCUCGCGAUUCGUCUGAAAACAGCAUUGACCGUCUGAAACAUGAUUACUUCGAAAGGUAUUUAGAUAAGAGAAGGAAGAGAUUUUUAAACAAACACGGAGCAGAGAAAAAGGAGUUUGAUGAUGAAAUGGAACCGGCAGAGAGCACUGUUGAGACUGUCACUAAAAUCAUCGAAGCGACUAGACGGAAACGAAAUGUCAACGUUGAGGAACACGAAACUGAUUAUUAUCCAAAAUCAACUGUUUAUUCGGGUGUAGCGAAUGACCUUCAAAACGAUUUACUCAAAGUGAUCCCUUUGAGCACUUAUGAAACGCGUUGGAGUCGCGAAAUGUCGGUCGAUCCUUUGCAACAUAACGAGACGAAUUCGACUGGUUUCGGUAAUGUUUUGGAGAAAAGAGAUAAAAGGACUAGCAGGAAAACUGACAGGUUGAACCAGACCACGGCGACUGUACCCAAAACUGGAAAGGAAGGGAAGAGUGGCAGGAAUCUGCAAUCAGCGUCAAGUGAAGAAGGGCAAAGUUCCGAUAUAAAGGAGACUGCUGAGACCUUGGGCAAGAAUAACGCGACCAGGAAGAAGGGCAGGCCUAAGAGCCCCUGUGAGCCGAUAGCAAGCGAGCCCUACAUAAAUAUAGAGGUUGUGAAGUAUGGGAGGGAUCCCAACAACACAUUCAGUACUGGUACAAUAAUCAGAGUGGCUUGCGGGAAAGGCUACGGAUUCAAUCUAGAUGCAAAUGCUACUGUAAAAUGUGUGAGGGGACGAUGGAAACCAGAGAAGCCCAAAUGCGAAAUACUACCUUGCCACGUUCCAACAACGGAGUACGGAAUCUACACGAUGUCAGAAUCGGGGCAGAUAUCUCCCCUUGGCUUAGGACAGGAAGAGAAGGAACUCAAUGAGACAGAUCCAGUGCCUAAUGGACAAGUCGUGCAUUUCUCUUGUGAAUAUGGGUACAACGUCCAAGGACCCACCAACCUUCGUUGCUGGCUCGGAGAAUGGGCAGUGACCAGCAUGCCAGAGUGUGUUGCAGCACCCUGUGAACUUCCACUUCUCCACGGCGCUACUUACGAAGCAGGAUACCGAGCAGGACUCACCGUGGCUCACGCGUCAUCAGUCAGCAUAGCUUGUGAACCAGGCAGAUCUCCAUCAGCCACCUUGAACUGCCACUUAGGAAGACUGCAACCCACGGUUCACGAUUUCUGCCGACCUUUAGCGAAUCUGUCACGACCGCGACCGACGUCAGAGUAUCAGAGCGGCAGCGACAUUGUCCGCGAAGACAUUUCGGAUCUGGAGCCGGAUCUGAACGGGAAACCGAUAAGCGAUUGCGGCCCACCGGCUAGGGUUCAAGGGACAUUGAUUUAUCGCGACGGAGCUGAAGUCAACGAAUCCAUCAACGAUGAAGGCUAUUAUCACGGUACUGAAAUCACAUUUCGCUGUAUCGCUUCGAUAAUGGGAGAGAAAACAACUUGGAAAUUAAUAUGCGAAGACGGUCGUUGGAUGGGGAAGAGUUUUAAUUGUGAAGAACUUGAAGCCCAGAACGAGGAGUUAAUAAACAAUAACAGUUGUACAUUUCACAACGACGAUCCGAACGUGGUUACGUUCUUCAACGAUUUGGAAGUCACCGAGACCGUGGAUCUACCCUACGGAGUGGUAAUUGUCUCCAGAUGCAGCGAUAUAGGAAAAUACGCUUUAUUGGGCUCCCAGAGCCGAAAAUGUGUUGGCGGAGAUUGGGACGGUGUUAAGCCAACCUGUAUUGGACUCAAUCAGCAAAACGAUUACGCCAUGGAGAAACCGCCGACGAUAUUAUUCCGACAUUCCCAAGGACCUAUAGCUCAGACUAACGACGGUAAACUCCUGCUGUACCCCGGAACGGUGCUGCACAUGGAGUGCCUCUGGAUGCGGAGGUUCGGGAAUCCCAAGUGGAACGUCACUCAUUACGAUCCUGAAUCGGAUCGCAAGUAUGCCGAGGGGUGGACCCAGGACCCUGGGCGCGACAGCCAGCUGGAGUACCGGCUGAGCAUCGUCAACGCCGUGAAGGAGGAUUCAGGAGUAUACCGAUGCGAGACGCCAGCCCGACAAACGCAUCAAGUAGAAAUAAUCGUUGAGGACGUCCAUUGUCCGCCACUACCCAUCCGACGAGGGUUGGUGGCCAGCAACGUAGGCACACGUCUCGGCACGGAAAUCAGGUUCUCGUGUGCCAAUGGUAACGCCCUCAUCGGGGCCCACGUGCUGGUCUGCCGCCCCUCCGGAAACUGGAGUGCCCCUCUGCCUGUUUGUGAGAGUGUGGAGUGCGGGGAGGUGGUGCAGGACACGGUGCUGGGACCGGGGGAGCGGCGGCCGCGGGUGGCGGUGGUGUCCCGGGGGGUGGGGGGUCGCGCCGCCUUCACGUGCCCGGCGGGCUGGGCGCUGGCCGGACCACCAGAGACCGUCUGUCUGCCCGCCGCUGACUGGGCGCGACCCUUCCCUGUCUGUAAAGAAGUGUCAUGUCCGUCGCUGCCGCCGCCCGCGGCCGGCUACGUCCUGGGUCGCGCCCCCUACCGCGCCGGGGACGUCCUGCAGUUCCACUGUAACCCAGAGCACACGCUCCACGGGCGACCGAUCCUCGUCUGCCAGGACAGCGGGCGAUGGAGCGACAAGCCUCCAACCUGUGCCCAGGCCUGCACGUACCCCGGGACGACGAUAUCCGGGCGCAUGUCCUCCGUAAAGUUCUACUACAAAAUAGGUGAAACAGUCACGUUUACCUGUGAACCUGGAUACAAACUCAAAGGAGCACCCAUGUUGAGAUGCUUGAAAAACAGGAAAUGGUCAAACGCGAUCCCGCUGUGUACACCGAUCACAAACCAUACGUCUUCGUCUGAUUCAAUCGCCAUGUUAAAUUCCGAAGUUGACGCCAUGCUGUCGGACGCCGCCAUCUUGCCGUCCGACAUUUUGAGGACUCGCGAGACUCCCGCCCUUUUAUCGCCAGCGAGCUAUAAAGCAGCUGUCACACGCAUGGCGAUAUCGCGCAUGUUGAGACGCGGUCCCAUCGAGAACUAUAAAAACAGAAUCUUCAGAGUGAAUAGGCUGUUAAGGAGAGAGGGUGAAAGAUAAAUAAUUUUAGUUAGAUUAUAAGU